CAGCGGAGGAGGUUCACCGGGAGUUCACUCGCAUACAUUAGGUAACACCAUCGCUCGCUCUGACAUAACUAGUAUGAAGCAGGUUGAGUUGAGACAUUCGUCAAUAAAGCAGAGAUAAGAGGAAGAAGUCCUGCAACUAACUUUGUUAUGCAAAACAGCCUCCAGACCUGGUCGUGUUUAACCGCUGUCCCGCUGCUGCAACAUGCGCACAGUUCCUGACCGUCUGCGGGAAAUAUAGGUCUGUUCCCCGGCGCACACGCCCCUCUGAGUGCAACACACACACGUUUUACUGCUGAAACACCGUUUGCAUCCAACUCCAAACACACAGGAGGAAACCCGCCCUGCUGCUGCUGCACAUGCGGUGAACGUUUCCACACGGACUUCACUGAAACCACAUUAUGUUUGACUAUCUGGAAUUUCAAGCUUUCGGUCCGGGAGAGAUCGUGGACUUUUACACUUCCACAUCCAGCCCCGCGUGCACGCUGCAGGAGCAGGACGAGGAUCUGGCUGCCUUCUUCCCCGAGCUGAUCGAGGCGGACUGGCAGCAGCACCGGUGCUCCCAGUCAGUUGGGAGCCAGAGCUCCAGCUCCAGCUCAGACGACCUGUUCGCCAGCCCUGCCUCCCCGCCGCCGCCUCCUCGCACUUACAAACCCUGCUUUGUGUGUCAAGACAAGUCCUCAGGCUACCAUUAUGGCAUCAGCGCCUGUGAGGGCUGCAAGGGCUUCUUCCGCCGCAGCGUGCAGAAAAACAUGGUGUACACCUGCCACCGAGACCGAAACUGCAUCAUCAACAAGAUCACCAGGAACCGCUGUCAGUACUGUCGACUCCAGAAGUGCUUCGCAGCGGGAAUGUCCAAGGAGUCGGUGAGAAACGACAGAAACACCAGGAAGGGGAAGAAGGAGGCCGUGAAGAUGACCAUCAUGGAGACGUACGAGCUGACGGCGGAGCUCGGCCUGAUAGUGGAGAAGAUCUGCAUGGCUCACAGAGAGACCUUCCCCUCUCUGUGCCAGCUGGGAAAAUACACCACAAACUCCAGCUCAGACCACAGGAUCCAGCUGGACCUCGGGCUGUGGGACAAGUUCAGCGAGCUCGCCACCAAGUGCAUCAUCAAGGUGGUGGAGUUCGCCAAGCGAGUGCCUGGUUUCACCGGCCUGACCAUCGCAGACCAGAUCACUCUGCUCAAAACUGCCUGCCUGGACAUCCUGAUCCUGAGGAUUUGCACUCGUUACACUCCUGACAAGGACACUAUGACUUUCUCUGACGGGUUGACCCUGACCCGCACUCAGAUCCACAAUGCAGGAUUUGGACCGCUGACAGAUCAGGUCUUCACAUUUGCCGGCCAGCUGCUUCCGCUGCAGAUGGACGACACAGAGAGCGGCCUGCUCAGCGCCAUCUGUCUUGUCUCUGGAGACCGGCAGGACCUGGAGGAGCCGUCUAAGGUGGAGGUGCUGCAGGAGCCGCUGCUGGAGGCGCUGAAGAUUUACUCCCGUAAACGGCGGCCCAGCAUGCCCCUCAUGUUCCCCAAAGCCCUCAUGAAGAUCACUGACCUGCGCAGCAUCAGCGCCAAAGGAGCUGAGCGGGUGGUGACCCUGAAGAUGGAGAUCCCGGGCUCCAUGCCCCCUCUGAUCGAGGAGAUGCUGGAGGAUCUGCAGAACCUGGAGAAACACUCAGAAGAGAGAAGAGCGGAGGCAAACACCAGCCAGCACACACACACACCAUCUCCUCACAGUACAUGAACUCCUCUGACUUCUUAACUCUGAAGUCGCUCAAAGAACAGUGGCUCCCGUCUUCUCUCCCAGAGAAAAUGCAAACGACAUAAACCACAGAUGCAGUCCAGAGGGUUAAUACUGUCUUACCUCAGUUUCACAGAUUGGCUGGCAGAGACGCUGCUGUGUUGGAAGAAGAGAUUCAUCUGUUACAGUAAUGACUACGCUGAUGAACGAAGAGCUAAAUUCUGCUUCAGGGGGAGAAAGAAAAUGGAUUUGGUCAUGUUUUAAUUUGUGUCACAGUUUCAUUUUUUAAUCCCUGCUGGCAGACACCUCAUAUCCACAGACACAGGUUUCUACUGUAUUUAUAUUUGCAUGAGAUAUCACAUGGAUUCAUUUUUACCUCAUUAAAUAACAAUGCUUUUAGCUCUAGCGUAGCAAACAUAGUAAACAUGUGGACUUACAGUGUCCUCUGCAAUACAUAGAUUCCCAUAUGUGUAAUAUGAAAGCUCUGGGCUAAUUGAAGAUAACUGGAGAAACAAAGCAAAUCUCUCUGCUUCAUAACCGGCGUUGACAAACUGACAACUGAGAAAUUGCAGAGAACAGAAAAAUGCUUAGCUUUGAAGAAAAGUGAACAAACCACAGUCAGUGAACCGAACCAAACAAUUCAGAUCAAAUCAGCAAAGUGAUUUGUGAUCCCCGCCACAAGUAGAGUCGCUCAGCAGUAGUUUUCUAUAAAAUUUGAUACACUGCUCUAUGGGAUUGUUUGCAGAAAGCAGUGUCCAUGCAGCCCCUUCUCAUUCCCAGAACGUCAAAUAUUGCCACCUUGUCACGCUCCUCGCAUAUCAUCUCAACGCCAAAGGCACCUUGUUGCGUCUUUAUGGGACACACCGGGUUUUCAACUAACUCCACUGUAAACCCAUAUGUGGAAAAAGUUGAUACUUAAAGAAAGUGAUGUAGUUCAAAGAGCAAGAAAGUCCGUGUAGAGUGGGAGGGAGUGGAGGUGGAUGGGUCAAACAAAACCGGACUUUCAUCCAGGAGACCACAGUUUGUGUCCUGUGGGGAUGUCAUUUUAACACAACAUUACGUAACUUACGUACCUUCGCCCCAUGUGAAACCAGAAGCCAGUGUUGUUUUUACAUAUCGUGACACAAUUUACGUACACAAGUUGCUGACUUCUGUAACGUGAUAUAUAUUUACAUUACAUUACAUAAAAGACGUACUUAUUUUAACCUUAAACAUGAUCUGUUAUGUUGUCUGAAUCUAACCUUGGCUGGUUCACAACAUGUUACAGUGUGUUCUAGCUCUGAGUCACAUGACGCCAAGGGUUGUGACAAAGUGCCUGUAUUUGACGUCUGAGAAUGAGAACAGGUUGGUAUGUGCCAUGCACACAGGUUUUUUUUUUUUAUUCCACCUACGCAUGUUUUUUGAGAGCACUGUAUAAUGCAUUAAAUUCACACUUACACUGUAAUGAAAUGGCAGAGGGUAAAUACUGAGCACUGUAUAGUAAAUUGGGAGUGAUUUCGGACACAGCAAGGGAGCACUUUUUGCUUAGCGACCACACAGUGACUCCAGGAAGUCGUAGCGCCCAGUCAAGAAAUAGUCCCCCGUAAAACCUCAAAUUACUGUUUUAACACUUCGUUUUGUACGAGGUUUUGUACAAAGAGCAAAUAAGACAUUGCAUGUUUAUCAGUGAGCUCUAGAGUUACUGAUUGGUAGAUUUUGUUACCUUCAGACAGAACCAUGCUAGCUGCUUCCCUCUGUUUCCAGUCUUUAUGCUAACCGCUGCUGUCUCCAGCUCAGAGACAUGAGGGUGGUAUCCAUCCACUCAGCCAACUCUCAGCAAGACUGCAAAGAAGAGUAUUUCUAAAAAUGUGUAACUAUUCUUUUAAGGGGUUAUUGCACAGUGGGUGUCGGAGUCAAACUUUUUAAAGGAACAGUGUGUGAGGUUUAGGGGGAUUUAGUGGCAUCAAGCAGUGAGAUGUUGGUGAAGAUUCUCAAUCAUCCAGGUCAUGGUAGCUCUGAGUACUACAGUGUAUUGUAGGGCAGUUGAACUUGGUUGAGUUUCUUGAUGAUGUUUCACCUCUCAUCCAGGAGUCUUGCUCAGUUCAGAACUGAAGAAGGUUCUUGGAUGGGAGGUCAAACAUCUUCAAGAACCUCAAACAAGCCCAAUUGCCUAUAAUAUAUUGCUUACAACAAGCAGUGAAGAAUGCAGAUUGCAUCCAAGUGUUUAUUGUUCUGGACGUUUUUAUUGUGAGCCGAAUCAUCUGCAGAGGUCUCUUCCUCUCCAGAACAAACAGACCAGGUGAUUAAAACCAGUAGAAACACCUAAUACAGCAGUUUCACUUUACAAAUCAGUGUUUCUUCAAUGCUGUUUGGCAUGUUGGAGACAGGCUGCACGCCCAGCACCUGCAAAUGUGUGCUCAUCUUUUUUCCUCUGAUGACUUAAGAUCCAGAAGUUCAGGAGGUUUUUAUCAUGAGCCGAAUGAUCGGCAGAGGUCUCUGUCUUCCCAAAACAAAGGGACCCGGCGAUUUAAACUGGUAAAAACACUGAAUAAAGCAGUUCCACGUUAAAAAAAAAAAAAAUCCACGUCCGAUGCUGUCCUUGCGGAGGGCUGCUAACUACGGUACCCAACAUGAAAAUGCAAAUAGCCCUAUCUAAAGCCAGUGUUCGGUUUGUCUGUUCUGGGCUACUGCAGAAACAUGGCGGUGCAAAAUGGCGAUCUCCGUAGACGAGGACCUGCUUCCUGUGUAGAUAUUAACGGCUCUUUUUAGGGUAACAAAAACACGAUUCUUAUUUCCAGGUGAUCAUACACUACAGAAAGCAUACUUAUUAUAUUACAUUUCUGUCAAUAUCUCCCCCUAAAUCCUACACACUGGACCUUUAAUAAAAAAAAACAAAAUCCAUAUCAGGUGUAUGUCAUACAUCAUUCACAAGACUAAUACUAAAACAGGUCUGGCACCAUUUCGCUGGAGAUCUGCGUGACUAUUUUGUAGUAUUAAAUAUAAGGACACUGUAAGUAAGCUAAUACACAACUUUAUUCUUUCACACAUAUCCUAAAUGCAGAGUUUUAUUCGCAGAUGACGUAUGUGUUGCAUUUUACAUAUUGUUUCAGAGUUACAGAGUUUCAGAAUUAACAAUAAAAAGAUUUCUUUUAUAUAUUUUACUUUGACAAGUUCUGUAUAAAGGUAUUUUCUACAAACAUUUGUUUUUUCUUUAACACAAUAAGCCAGUUUUUGAAAUGCAUCAGUGUUUGAUAUAUCGCAGAUAGCUGUACAUUGAGAUUGCCUAAAUAAAACACUGUGUACUGUAGAGAUAUUACUAAUAAAGAAAAGAAACAGCAGGUCUAACGGGUGGGAAAACAAAAAGCUACAUAUAUAUAGUGACACUGUCUCAUUGUUGGCAAAGCAAAUGGGUAUAAAAUGUAAAAUGAGAAACUUAAAUGACAUUUGUGCCUCAGUAAAUGUACAUUCCAUGACGCAGAGGAUGGUGUUUAAGUGUAUAAAAUAUUUACUGGAAGCGGCAGAACAAGCAGCCUGUGUACUGUACCAACUCAUGUGCCUACUCUCAAUGUGCCAACAUCUUAUGUUUUCUUUGUGGUGAAUUUUACAUAUUUUGCAAAUUACCUGGAGCCGAUCACAUUUCAUAUGUUUAUGUCGGUCUAUUAAAGUCUU